AUAGGUGGGGUUGGGCCUGGCUGCCUUUCACUUGUCUGUCAGACAAAGCCUGGAGUCCCACCUCAAGGGCUCCGCCAGUGCUGGAGAAAGAGGUCGGUUGUCAUGGGGGCUUGAAGGUAGGGUCCAGGCCCAGGUCUCUCCUGCUGCCAACGCUGCUGGCUCGGGAGUGGCUGCGGCCGCUUUAAGGAGCUCUGACCCCACGGCAUCUCGGGCGGGGCGGGGACAGUGCCUGAGGCACCGGAGGAGGCUCCGCGAGGGAGGCAGUGCGCAGGAGUCCGGCCCACCAUGCUGACUGCGCUCGUCCCGCCAACCCUGCCUGGGCUCCCAAGGCGGCUGCCCGCAGCGCCCCCACGGCGCCAGGAUUCCUCGGGUUCGUCAGGUUCCUACCACACAGCUCCGGGUUCUCCCGAGCCCCCGGACGCAGGGCCAGACGCAGGUUGGGAAGACUGGCCCUGGGUGGCCCCCGGGCGGGGGGCGGGUGCGCAGCCUUGCCUGUCCGUCAGAGCCCAGAAUAGCCGCCAGCAGCCCUGGUCCGGCUCGGGUUUCCCGCGAGGCCAGGGCUCCGCCCCGCUGCCGCCUCAUCCCCAGCUGCGCGUGCUGCCGUCGGGGGAAAUGGAAGUGAUCUUCGGCGCCGGGCCCCGGUUCAGCCCCUCGGAUUUGGAGGAUCGUGAGGUGCAACAGCUCACGGCGCAGCCAUUCAGCCCCUCGCCGCUGGGGACAGCGUCUCCAGCCCCUGGCCCACCGCUGCCCCCGGCUCCAGACGGCGGAUCCCGCUGGGCCACCUACCUGGAGCUGCGUCCCAGGGGGCCGAGUCCUGCCGCCUCCGCUCAGUUUGAGUGUGUGGAGGUGGCGCUGGAGGAGUGCCCUGCGCCGGUCAGGCCCCGGACGGUGCCCAAGCGUCAGAUCGAGCUGCGCCCCAGGCCCCCAAGUCCUCCGCGGGAGGCCUGCACGCCGCGCCCCCGACUGCUUUUGCGCACCGGCUCCUUGGACGAAUCUCUGAGCCGCCUACAGGUCGCAGCGGGCCUCGUGCAGACGGCGUUAGCCAGAAAACUGGGUCCUGCGACCCCAGCCCCGAGUAGUCCCAGGGUUAGACCCGCGGAGCGGCCAGAACCUAAGACUGGAGAAACAACCAGCAGCACCCGCGUGGUUCUGGAAGAGGCCCGGUCUUGGCCACCCCGCCCACAAGAGAGUUCAGGCCCCGCCAGAGCCCCACGGCCUUGGCCCAGCCUCCGUGAGCGCGCUAUCCGGCGCGACAAGCCCGCGCCUGGGUCCGAGCCGCUGGGUCCUGUUAGUUCUAGCAUCUUCUUGCAGUCAGAGGAAAAGACCCAGGAGGCACGCAACCAUCGACCCAAGACUUGGUUCCCGAAAGAGACUCCGUUCCCGAAAGAGACUCCGGGUCGAAUCGCCCCAAGGGAACGGAAUCCGUCUUUGGAGUCUAGAGGCCCCUGGGAGGUUCUGAGUAGGGCUGACAGGCCUAAGAGCCCCUCUCGGCUGGGCCAGGCUCCAAAUGGGGCCGUGCGGGAUUCUCGCUGCCCGUCCCCUCAGAACCUGUCCCCGUGGAAUCGGACUGUCUUGAGGGUGAGUAGCCCUCCGUUCCGUGAAGCAUCUUCCGCGUGGGAAAAUCGGAAUCCCGCCGUCGAGGUACCAGUCAGCAGGAGGAGCCCUUCCCCACCAACUCUCUCCCAGUGGAAUCAGAACGGUGUGAGAGCUAGAAGGAGCCCAUCCCCCGAAGUUCCUUCCCAGUGGGAGGUUCCGCCUCGGGCAGUCCGGGAUGCCGUAGGGCGGGGUAAGAGCCCGUCCCUACCAUCCCUGUGUCCGUGGGACGCGCCAGAUAGUCCUAUUGGAUUUCGGAGCCCAUUGCCCCAGGAGACCUGGGGACCCAGUCUGCAGGGGUCAUCGAUAGCAUUUAGGCAGGAAGUUAUGAAUGGCAUAGCUCAAGAUUUGGCGCCGCCUACACCAUCCAUACCUGGGACCCCAGAACUAGCCGAGGUGCAGAGCCCGCCCACGCGGGAAAUUCCUGAUCUUGCCUUCCGCAGCAAUCAGCCGUCACCAGAGGUAGAUCCACCCGAGCCGCCUCGCAGUCACCUCGUGGGCGCGCUGGACUCUGACACGCGCCCAGGAGUCUUGGGCUCUGAAGAAGAGGCCUUUGAGCCCCCGCGCGUGGCCAUUCCGCGGCCUCGAGAUGUACGCAAGAUGGUGAAGACCACCUAUGCGUCCACCUUCCCCGCGGGAAGCCCAGGGUCAGAAAAGCCUGUGCCUAAGGACCACUGCGGGGAGGAGGGCGGCCUAUCCCAGACACGAGAGUUCCAGGCGCUGGGGUCCCCCGCUCCGGGUCACUACACCUCCGUUUUUCUCAAAGACUUUUUGCCAGUUGUGCCGCACCCCUAUGAGCCCCCGGAGCCAUCCCUCGACACAUUUCCCCGGGACGCCUCCAAGCCCAACGGGGUCUUGCGGCGGAGGGCAGAAAACAGCACGGCGAAACCCUUUGCGCGCACUGAGAUCCGCCUGCCGGGUGCCCUGGCUUUAGGGCGGUGGCCGGAGAGAACGCCGGGAGUCCAAAUGCGCGGUACCGGCCGAGAGAACCCGGAUGCUGAGGCCUUGUGCCUAGUUCCAGACGGCCAGGGUCGGACCAGCCCCCUAGGCGGCGCUCGCAGCUCACCUCAGCGGGCCCCUAACGCGCCGCUGGAGCCUCAGCCAGCCCGCCCAAGCUCUCCGCAGGCGCGCCCCAACUCCAGCCCUGGAAAGGCCCCCAAACUGGAGACACCUUCGAUGGCCCCCGAGCCCGCGGCUGCCUUGCAGGCGCCCCUCCCACCCCAACCGCGCGCUGCCUCGGCGCCUCCCGCAGACCGGUGCAGGCAAGGCCUCUCCCAGGGGACCCGGAGGCAGCCAGAGGCCUCGCACCCCGGAAAGGUUCUGGUGGACCCGGAGAGCGGCCGCUACUACUUUGUGGAGGCGCCGCGACAGCCGAGACUACGGCUGCUCUUCGACCCUGAGAGCGGGCAGUAUGUCGAGGUGCUGCUGCCACCUGCGUCCCCGGGGCUGCCCCGCCAUGUCUACGCCCCGCUGGCCAUGGGGCCUGGCCUCUGCCCACCCGCCUAUGGGCCCAUGCCGAGCCUCGCACUGCCGCCGUCCCUCGGCAGCCCCCUGCUGCCCUGGGCUUCUGAGGCAGGGCCCCUAGACGGGAUGUACUACCUGCCUGUGAGCGGAACCCCUAGCCCCGCCCCUUCCCUGCUUCUCUGUUCCCCACCCUCCAGCUCGCGUCCCGCCCAGCCUGGCAAGGGCUCAGUGGUCCCGUUGUGAGACCCCAGGCAGGGCCUGAUCCCCAAGGUUGGGCCUCUUAGAUGGCCUUGGAGAUUCUGGUUCGAAGUCCCCUGCUCUGUCUUCCUCCCAUCACCUCUUUGGUCCUCCCCAGCUAGUCGUCAGAUCGGAAGUGAGCUUCAGAGAGUGUAUCAGAGGCUGAUGGAAGUGGAGCUCUUUGAAAGUGGCUGCCUACUUCCUACCCCCCAAAAAUGUGUCCCUUUCCCAAGCAUUCCCAGGUGUGGUGUGUUUAUGUAUGUGUGUAUGCAGGCAAGCAAAUAUGAAAACGUGAGGAGCCAGCCUGAGGAGGUAUUGAAGUUUUCCAGGAAGCAGCGGGAAUGGGAGAAGCAGGGACAGGGCUGCCCCCAGAGGUGGACGGCUGUCUCUCCCCUCUGAAAGUGGAAUCAGUUGACGUGGAGCAGACCAGAGGGCACUGUUCAGAUGGGGAGGACUCUGGCUAUAAAAUCCAUUAUUUGGAAGAGGAGCUGAGCUCUGGCCUGGUAGGCUGUGGGGGGAAGUGGCUAGUGUAACCCCCAGGCCAGUUUGGGUCUGAGAAAGGAAGCUGUGGGGAUAGCAGAAGGGAAGCAAAAAGUAACAUAUGAAGGGGCUGUAGAGUCAGGCUGGAACUGGGAGUAAGAGGGCUGGGAUGAGGUAGGCCCAAGUAGUUGUGGUUCCCAGUGGGCAGCCUAGCUCCCCCUUCCUCCCCUUAAUCCAGUCUCUGGCUUUUCCUGGGAGCCCUCAGAGCUGAGCUAGCCCAUCUUAGGGGUGGGAGCUUCAGCCACUCCCACCCAGGUUAUGGGCAGGUGAAGUGAAUCACCAGGGAGGACUUACAAGAGGUAGGAAGGAAGUUUGGGCUGUUGUUUCAGAGGAGCCUUUUGGCCCCUCUUGGUGGUUGAGGGAUGGGUUAGGACUGGCAGUAGGAGGGAUAAAGCGUAGUAGGACAGAGAGGUCGGAAGCUCUCAGCUAGUUUUUCAGCUGGAAUAGAUGUGGCAACAAUGCCCAGAGAGGGGCUGACCCUGCAGACUGUCCCAGCAAAGGACAGGACCAAACCUGUGCUCAUGAGAUUCCAGGGGCUUCUGAGGAGGGCUGAGAGUGCUGAGGGAAAUCUGCUUGAGAUGGGAGGCAGUCUGUAUGGGGUCUGUGUGUGGCUCUGAGCCUGAAACAGCAGGACCUUGCUGGACCAGAGUGUGAUGUGAUACAUUUGGGAAAGGACAGUUUUUAUUAGCAGCAGCAUCAGGAAUGGGAAUUAGUGCCUUUCUUGUUCCAGGCCAGUGAGGGCCUGGGUCCCUUGGAGUCCCUGUUCCCUGGACUGAAAGCUGAUGAGGACCAGUAUGAGUCAGAAUAAGUUGCACAUCUCUUGGCCAGAAACACUGGUCCCUUGGCAUGGAGGGUCUCACGGCCACCCUCACCUCAUCCUGGUAUGCAAUAAAUGGCUGACCCUGAGCCACGGUGGCUGAAAUGA